AACAUUUUUAGUUAUGAUCUAGUUGAAAUAAGGGAAACAACUCGAGAACAAGCGAACAUAUUAGAUUAACAUUUAUUCUAGAUAAACGUAAAUAUUUUAUUAUUUCGAAAACCGAUUUUUCUUUAUGCAAUGAGAGCAAUUUUAUUAGUUGUGCUAAUUUGUGCCUUCAUAUCCACUGCUUUUGGCAUUGGUUGCUAUGACUGUGAAUCGCUUAGUGAUCCGCGCUGUAAUCAAUAUUUCGAUCCUGAUGGCGUCAGGCAAACUGAUUGUGAUGAGGCGGAUAUGCCAGCAUACUUACAUAAAUAUGAGCGGCGCAUCGCAGGUACCGGCUGUUUGACGAAAGUGCACGAAGGCUUGGAUGGCCGUCGUUUCUAUAUACGUCGUAGUUGUUAUUUCGGGGAUCCAGAAAAUAUAGGCGAAGCUUGUGAUACCCCCGAUCCAUACGUUCCUUGGGUCAAUUUGAUUUCAUGUACUGUCUGCACCGAGGAUCUUUGCAAUGUGAACGCGCCACUCAACGGAGCCCAUCAUUCAACGAAUGCUUGGCCAAAACUCACAUUGGUCGGACUAACUUUAGCGGCAAUGACUUUACACUAUACACAUAAACUUUAUAACUAAAAUGCUAAUCGCACAUACAGUGAACAAAGAAAACUUGCACAGAGUGACUUUGAAAGGACUUUUGAAAUUAACUAUUCAGCUUUUGAGCUGAAACGAAGAGUAACAAUAUGCGAAUCUUAUGUAUUUUUCGUUUUUUAUAAAAAUUAUAACAAUAAAUCAAUUUUGAUGUUAACGAUUACAAAAAAAUUGAAA